AUGACCAAGGGUACCACUUCAUUUGGUAAGCGCCACAACAAGACGCACACCCUGUGCCGUCGCUGCGGUCGUUCCUCCUACCACAUCCAGAAGCACACCUGCUCGUCGUGCGGGUUCCCCGCCGCCCGCAAGCGCACCUUCCAAUGGUCGGUCAAGUCGAUCCGCAGAAGAACCACCGGCACUGGCCGUCAGCGCCAUCUCAAGGAGGUCCAGCGCAAGUUCAGGUAAGAUUUUCGUUUUUUGUUGGUUUUUUAGGUGCUUUGAGGAAAUUUUUGGGAUUGUAUAGUUAGAAUAAGGUGGUUUCGGGGGUAAAAUACGUGUACUCGUAUUCGGACUUUGUUGUACAUCUCCAUUUUUGCAAAAUCUUUGAGGAACCGACAAGGACAAUAUAAUUUUUGGUCUAAAAAUUUAUGUGGUUUCUGAUUCUUUCCUAAAACGUCUUAGAAAGUCUUCUGAGUUGCAUUUACGUCCAAUUAAUUUCCAAAACAAAGCGAUAUUGCACUAAGCAGAUCACUUCCGAUUUCUAUUUCCUUUGCAAUAAUCUUGCCGAAUGUUAUAUAAUAGCAACUAAAAUAUCAGUUGAGAGAUGGGUUCGCAAUUUAUGAAAUUUUUUUGCCAUUCUAAUAUAUUUUUCUUUGCAGAAAUGGAUUCAGAGAAGGUACCGUUGCCCAGAAGAAGAGCAAAACCUCCGCCUAA